AUGCGGCGUUCAAUUCUUUGGCGGGCCUACCCCAUGAAAACGAUGCAAAACCUCACUCACCUGGAAGUCUUCACCCAACUCCAAUUAGGCAUUCACCCACCGCUGAGUGUACAACGCCAAUUUAUUCAACAAAACUUUGAGGAAGAAAUGGAGCGUCGGGGAAUUACAGAGACGAAGCUGAUGGCGAUGGAAGGGCGUCUUUGUACACGCCUUCUCCGUCAGCUACUCUUUGAGCGGUAUCUUUCUGUACCAUUCCGCCUAUUCACCUUUGACUUGGAGUUUUCAGGACCUCCUGUGUUUGGACCAGACGGCCCCACGGAAGACAUCAUUGAGUUUGGAUUUUAUUCCCCUGCUAAAGAUACGGUGUUUUCUUGCUUGGUGAAUCCUACCAACGGACGUCGUGUCUCACAAGAGGUAACGGCGCUAACGAACAUUACUCAGGAGAUGUUGGAAAAGGAGGGACUGCCUUUUCCAGAGGCCU